AUGGAUAUGACCCGAUUUACCGGGUGCACUCGCAAACAAAGUGAAAAACGUGAAUUCCGUGAUGCAGGCGUCAUUGAAAACGGGACGAAAGUGCAAUACAAGACCAUGGGGCGUUGUCAGCCACAGAAUGACAACAUGAACAAACUCAUCCUCCCGGGCAUUGUACAUUUAUGCAUUCGUUGCACAGUCGAAUCGUUCACUCUAGUAACGCAUGAUUCCAAAUUUAAGGCCAGUGUGUCGACCUGUGCACUGAUUCUGCCAUACUAA